AAACAGAAUGUUGUUGUCAGCCUCGUAUAAGGAUUAUUAUUUUCUGUACUCCGUACCGUAUGUAUGAGAUAAUACCAUGUCGCUGGCGCUUGCCUUGUUCCCCCCAUCUCAUCUCCUCUCCACCGCCCAAAUCUCACUCAUCCCAUCUUCCAUCUUCUCUUCACUUCCUCCUCUCCUCUCCUCUCCUCCUCUCCUCCUCUUCUCCUCUUCUCCUCUUCCGUCGCCAUCCUCUGCGUCGACUGUCGACGAUCCAGUCGUUCUUCUCCCCCCAGCGACCUCUUCAGAUCCGACAAUCCCUUUCUCAUCUCCUCCUCCCCCGUUUAAACUCACCUCGUUGCGUCCGGCCACUCCUAUACCAAAAAAGUUCUUUGGUGCCGCUCGUUUCACCAUAACCCACGUCGAACUCUAUAUAUAUAUAUACACUUCUAAUAGUAUCGGUCGCCCUCAGUCUUCCCAAAGGGAAUCUACUUUACUCGCGGAUCCCAUCACGUUCUCUUCCAUCUUGUCUAAAUCUAAAUCAAAAAAGAGAAAAUACUAUUUUCAAUAUUUUUGAUUUGAGUUGGAAUAGCCAUAUUUCGACAAGAGGAACUGCCGGAAAAAAAGAAGAAAAAACCAAGACAAGGGAAAGAAAAGACAAGACUUUUGGGAAAAGUGUGUGUGUGUGUGUGUGUGUGCACGUGCCGGUCACACUGUAUUAUUUGGUCUAUCGAACCGGCCACUAUAUACAACGCGGUACCUGACGAAGCUGGGUUGGAUGCCCUCAAGGACUCGCCAAAAUAAUCGAUUGCCUGGUCUCUCCAUAUUCCCUCUUAAAGUCCGUUGCUUGACUCCGGGAUAUGAAUGCCUAGGGAACUGGAAAGGGGAUUGAUCUUCGAACAAUACAAACGGAAACGAACCUUUGUUUCCAGCCUCCACUGCGCCCGCGCAGAUUGUCGAAUUCUGCGAUUUUUCUGCAUAACCACCACGGCUAUCGAGGAUCGAGGCGGUAGUUUUAUACCCUACUCAGUAGUCUAGCCUUUAUUGCAGCAGGAAGUUGUAACUUCCAGCUUUUUUCGUCACUCCUUUUUUUUUUUCUUUUUUCUGGGACAUUUGUCCCUUUCCGCUCCUUUGAUAGAAACAAUAACAUUCGACAUCUAUUUGUCGUAUACACUCAUUUAUUUGUCCAAAGCCCAACUCGUUGACAAAUCUAUUGGAGGCCCUUCACGAUACCAAGAGCGAGAAAACGCUGGCCUAGACGGAACUUACCGUCAAUAUGCGGGCCACAACAUAUUCUAUCCUAGCGGCCUUUUUCUCACUGGCUCCCCUAUGCGAAACCGCUAACGCUGGUGCACAAGGUCGACCAAAGUAUUACUUUCCACGAGAAGCUAAUCGCUACUAUGGCUUUGCCGCUCCAGCAGAGAAGCGCGCUCCGCAAGUCGACCCAGGCCCUACUGUCGUCAUCAUCCCUGUCACUGUUUACGUAGGUCCUGAUGGCGAACGGUACACGCUUGGAGGCCACACGUCCACAACAACUGUUGAUACAAGCUUCCCGAACGCCUCCGCUACCCCAAAAGGUGAAGACCCUGAAGACAACCCUAGCUCAUCCCCUUUGGGCGGAAUCGACCUUGGACUGCCCAAACUAUUUGCCCCUCCGUCCGCUUCAAUCUCGGGAACGGAAGGCGUCUCAUUUCACAAAGGUGGCGCGACAGGUUUCCCGGCUCAAACACCCUCUCCGUCGCCCUCUUCUUCAUCAAGCAGUAAGCAGGGCUUGUUAGAGGGCUUCCCAACCCUUGAGCUUCCAGGCCUUGGUACCCCCACUCCACCCAUUGGUGGCACUGGCCGUACCACUACCAGUGACAGCUCCAAGGGAACCCAAACCGCGAGCGAAACCGAAUCCGAACCGACGGACGGCCCAAUUCUUACCCUACCCCCUCUAUUCCCGAGUCCAUCGAGCAGCUCAAGCUCUGAUUCAGCUACCGAUUCGACCUCCUCCGGCACUAGGUCUGAUUUGACUGAUUUGACACCGCUCCCAUCCUCCUCCAGCGAUCUUCCCACUUUCAAUCUCCCCACCCUCAAUCUUCCCUCCAUCACCAUUCCGCCGAUCUUUACCCCAACGCCGAGCCCAUCGGCAUCGAUGCCGGUCACCUCGGCGCCUGGCAAUACCACAGAUGGCGGAAUUACUUUUCCACCUUUCCCAACACCCACCGUGCUGCCCCCAAAAUCCACGGACCCGAUCCCGUCCCAGAAUAGCAGUUCUACUUUUGUUAUACCCACUCCAAGUACCACUCCGUCUGGCGUUUUCCCCAAUCCGACAGACCGCCCGACAGGAUGGGUUCCACCGAAGAACUCUACCAGUGUAACGCCGACCACGACCUCCUCGGCCACUCAAACGCCGCCGCCGCCACCACCAUCGUCGUCGUCAAAGGAAACUAAGAAGCCAAUCUCUACCGAUUCUUUAACCUCGAUGGUAAUCCCGACCAGUAUUGUCUUCCAACCGACCCCUGUCCCGCCAAACCCAUCGGAAACGAACAAGCCCUCCUCCCUUCCUCGAAUUAUCUCUCCUGAUUCGGGCAUUCCUAAGGCACCAGCCAACUCGAGGCUGAUUCAGAUUGGGUUCAACAGCUCGCUCCCUUAUGGGCUUGUUGUUUCAAACAGGGAUUCGAAUGUUCAAGUCUUCAGUUAUGUUCCCAUCGGCGUUAGCUAUGGUCUGCAGGUUGCAGCCGAUCUUGUCAUCAUGCAAUCCAUCCAGCCCUAUGGCGCGCUGCAUACUCUCCAGUACACAGCUACACUAGCUGUUAUGUAUAUCCCGAAGCACUUGGUCGACGAACUAUCCGUCGCGAUCCACAGCCCCUACUCGCUCAUCUACCAAAACUCCAACCCGUCGGUUGCCAAACUCAUGUCCAUGAUCGACCCCUCCAUUCCUCUCUUGCCAGGCGGAGGGCCAAUUUACCAGGAAAACAACCCAGGCAACGGCGGCAGCGGCGGUUCCAUUGGACGCCCUGGCGGUGGCAGAGGGGGUUCCGAGGGAGGUGACGACGAAACUGAGGGACCUGGUGGCUCAGGCAGCUCUUCCAGUGUCAAGGCGACCUCCGUCGGAAUUGGUCUUGGUGUCGUUGGUGGUGCAGCUUUGUAUGGUGCGGCGAUGUUCUUCGUAGCGCGCCGCUACCGCAAGAGGCGCAAGCUCCACCGCCGCACAAGCUCACUGACAAGUGGUAUGCGCCAAAUUGGUAUCGCCGGUGCUGCCGGUGGUGCUGCUGGACCGAUUGCCACGGAUGCCUUGAUGAGUGGUGGCCGCUCGGAUGGGUACACAAGCCCAACCCCAUAUGGUGCACGAGAUAGCCAGAGCACCAGUAGUGGAUCAGGGAGCGGGCGGAAUCAGAUGAUCAGUGCCCCUGUCAUGGCUGAGAAUUCGCUUGGGUGGAAUUAGGGAAUGGAUCCCUUGUGAGAUUUGGUUUUAUUUUUCUCGCUGCCUUCUUCUCUCUUUUCUUGUUUUUCCUUCUUCGUUUCCAGCACUUCCGCCGUCUUUCUUCAAUUGCAAUUGGCCGAUUUCUUCUCAACUACAAUUGGCCGAGUCGCGGAGCGCGAGACGGAAAUAUCAACGUUGCAAAGCGGUGGUGCGGCGUUUUUGGAAUUCCCGCUACCGUUUCCAACGCGGUCCCUAACAGAUGCAACCGUUUUUCAUUCCGUUCUUUGUCAGCGGAGAGGGAAGAGAAGCAAAAACAUAAAAGGCACGAGGAGAUCUCGAAACAAGGAAGAGUGGCCAGUGAAAAAAAAAAAAAAAGGAACUGCAAAAUACGCAGUCUAAAGCCAAAUCGAUCCUUUUUUUGUCUUCCUUUUUUCCCCUUCAUUUUCAAAUCAUUUCUUCAAACUUAACUAUACUGGUUGUGUACCCUUCCUUAACCUAUGCUCUAUUUUUUUGUCCUCAGUGCUUGCUACAUGCAUAAUGAAUAUCUCACACCACACUUAACACUCACAAAAACUUGUGCAUAUUAUCAAAUUUACAGGGUUUUCAAUGUUCAAUUCUGUUUUAUGGUUUCAUGUCAGCUUUUUCCCUUACUAUCAUCUAUCUGUCUAUCAAAUCUUUCUCAGGUAGAAAGAAGAAGGUUGCAGAGCCAACAUGCAAUAUGUAUAGAAUCUCACACCAUACAACACAACACACCAGCAAUGUUUCUUUUUAUGUUUCUUUCUACAACUUAUUACUACUUAUUUACUACUUAUCACUUACUACUUACUACACCAUAUUACUUUCUUCUAUUUAUACCCCUUUGCUUUACUCUUUCCUUUUAGUUUUCCUUUGUUUUCUCAUGUCUAACUAACUCCAACUCUGAGCUAAUUACUAUUUUUUCUUAAAAACUUCUUUGUUCUUCACUCAUUCAUACUUUCUGUCUUCAUCAUGAGUUUUGUGUAAUUCAAUUUCUUUUUCUUUUCUUUUGUAUGUCUUAAUUAUUAUUAGUUACUUUAUUUAGUUCAUGAAAACUAAACAAAAAAACUGUAUGUGUGUCGUAUGUGUAUUAUGAGUAGAAGUAAGUUUUUCUUUUUUCUUUUUUUUCUUUUUUUUUUUUUUUUUUUUUGCUCUCUAUAUUAUAUAUGAUUUUACCUGAUUGGCAUAUUUAAAACUUGUUUCUUUCUUUCUAUUCAUACUACUACUAUAUGUAAGUCAUGUAUCCAUGCUCCAUGCUUUUCUCCACCUCAUGAGAUGAAAGAAUUAUAC